AUGUUUUUCGGAAAACCGAUCAACAAAAAAAUCCACUCCUUCAAAUUACUUUUCCACUACUUCAGAGCACUUGGACUGGCGACGAUGACUUGUGACUUAGCACCAGCGAAAAAUGCCACAAAAUACUAUUGGUCUUUCGCUAGUUCCAAAAGCGCCAUCGUCUACAACGUCAUCCUCGUUUUGAUUUUCGUAACGUCGAACGGCUACAGCAUGACAUACUUUUGCAGCAGUAAUUACCAAGUGGACUUCGACACUAUCGCGGAUUGCGGCCAGACAACAAUAUACUCGUUCGUAGCGUUAUUUAUUCUGGUGAGGUCUUGUAUUUCAAGAAAUGGGCUGAUCAACAUCGCGAAUUCGAUCAGCCAAAUCACAGAAUCGUUACAGUCUCUGAGCAGUAUUGAAAUUCGAGAAAAGAACAAAGUCGGCUUAGAUAUUAAAAAAUUAUUGUUCGUGAAUAUUACAAUAUGGACUGGAUUAUUCGUAUCAACUGUACUAGAAGUCAUGCCCUGGACCAAGUACACCAUCACGGUGCAUAUCAGCAACUUUAUUAUCAUCGUUCUCAUGAUCCAGUACAGCGUGAUCUUGAAGUUUCUCCAGUACGAUUUCAAAGUCCUCAACGAAAAUCUCGUCGAGUUCAGAAACGAAGAAUUGACGAAAGUCCGAUUGCCGACAGAAACGAAAACCAAAGUCGACAGACUGUUGAAGUUGGAAAAACUACACGAGUCAUUGAGUGAUGCAUCGCGAGACGUGUCGAUGUUUUAUUCGUAUCCAAUGCUUGCGAGCUUUUUGGAAGUAUUUAUUUAUUUGAUUUUUGUCUGUUACUACCUCACCAAGCCCAUGAUACUUGGUAACACCUACACGACGUUUAUGUUGAUACGUAGCUUUUGGUCUGGUUUUACAUACGCGAUUUUACUGGUGACAUUCACGAAGUCCGUCACGGCUACGAUCGACGAGAGCAGGAGGACGAAGGAGAUAAUCAGUUCGUGUUUGAUAAUUCCUGUAGACGAAAAGGUUUUGAGUAAGUUGAAUCAAUUUUCGAACUACUUGCUACACAGGGAUAUUAAAUUCACGGUUUUCGGACUUUUUUCAUUGGACCAAUCGUUGUUGACUUCGAUGGCUGGAUCGAUCGCAACGUACAUGGUGAUAGUGUUACAGUUUCAGCAGAACAAUCGUUAAUUAUUAUUUCAUGUACCUUAUAAAUCAUGAUGCUAUAAUAAAAAGUAUGCAAAAUAA